UGUCUUCUCUUUCCUUUUAGUUUCUCCUCCUGACUUUCAUUCAGUUUCCUGAGCUUCUCCUCACAUCUCUUGUAAAUGUUCUGUCUCACCAUAGUCUGCUCCUUCUUAACUUACACCGCUUGAUACGCCUGGUUUGUUUUGCAUCAUGAACCCUGGUAUUCAACAGUCAGAUGGAAAGGCAAAGCGCUCUAUAGAUGGGAGUGUUGAUCACAGUUUGGGAAGGGGUGUUGAGGAAGAGGGGCCACCGCCGCUGAAGAAUUACAUUUUUCUGACCAUUUUCACCUGCUUUUGCCCAGCAUGGCCUAUCAACAUUGUGGCAUUGGUUUUUUCUCUGAUGUCUCAGAGCAGUUAUGAUGCAGACGACUAUGAAGGAGCUCAGCGGCUGGGGAGGAAGGCUCUUCACAUGGGAAUCGCUUCCUUAGUCAUUGGCCUAUUGAUCAUUAUGAUCUACUGUAUUGUCCACUUCACCAAGAAUGCAGUCUGAUCUUGAAGAGAUGAGCAAAGCUGGAAAUUAUGUUGUGAACUGGUGGCGAUCAGUUCCAGUGAACAUGAGAGGACACUGUGAGCGCUA